CAGUGGGACGGCUACGAGGGAGUGUCUUCACACUAUAGUUUUUUUGUUCUGUUAAAACACAAACUGUAAAUAGGAUAAGUUGCAGGCCUCACGCUAGUGUAUUGACUUAUUGGUAUAUUUUUCAAAGGGGGAAAAACAAGGACGAACACAUCACUGGAUAUCUUCGAAUGACAAAGAAAAUUCCGUACAGAAGUUCCAGGUAUGAUACCCUAAAGAUGAGUAUUGGUCAGGGUCUAAAGAGUAUGCUUUGACCUCUGACAUUUAAGGAAGGCAUGGCUGACCACAGCGACCUUGCAGUUGCACCUGGUCAGCUGUACGUUGAGGUGGAAUACGACUAUGAGUACAAGUUCAAAGAUCGUAUGAUUACCAUCAAGCAAGGUGAACGUUAUCUUCUGGUAAGGAAGACCAAUGAAGACUGGUGGCAAGUCCGUAAGGAGGAGGGCAGUAAGCCUUUUUAUGUACCUGCUCAGUAUGUCCGGGAAGUUCGGCGAGCCCUCAUGCCACCCACCAAACCUCUUCCUCACACCGGAGGUGGUGUUGGGGCAAAAAGAGGAUCUGAUAAAAAAGUUUUAACUGCCUUAGAGCUCAAACAGUCUGAUGAGAGUUUGACCAAGCAACCCCCUGUUGGAUGUCCGCAGUCGUUGCAUGCACCCAAAGAGGACAAUGCAAGUCCAAAAAGCCCCAGGAAACAAGAAACUGAGUUCCCCGUCAGGCUCAGAGCACCACUAAAUUUGGAUGAAGAGACAAAUGGAGACGGAGAAAAGAAGAGACAUGAAUGUGAUGUAGAGAAGGAGAAGAAGAAAGAAGGCGGAGGGGAUAGGAGGAGGGAAGAACCAUGGACAGGGAAUAGAGAGAGGAAUAGAGAUGGAGGCUGGGAUCGAGAUACAGCGAUGGGGAGGAAAAGAGAAGGAGAGGUAGAAGAUAAAUUAAGGGAGCAAAGAAGAGAAGUGAAAUGUGAUAGAGAUGGAGAGAAAGCAGUGGAUGUACAGAAGGAGAGGAAGAAAGAAGGAGAGAGAACAGGAGAUGGAGAAAAUGAGAGAAAGUUUGAUGGAGGUCAACUCAAGACUGCUUCUGCUGAAGAAUAUCCCAGAGAAGCAACAAAGAAGUAUCAUCAUGAUUUGGAAUCUGGGGAUGAGCUCAGCAGCAGUUCAACUGAGCAGCUCCAGGAUUUAAAGAUCUCUCAGUCAUCUCUGCCUCCUGUACCCUCAUCCUCCCCAAUUUCUACACAAGCGGACUGGGAAACUCACAAAGAUGCAAAUGGUAGGCACUUCUACUACAACCGCACCACGCAGGAGCGUAUGUGGAAACCUCCACGAUCACGGGACAACCUUGGGAGGAGGGACGAGAAAAAUGUCACUGCCACCAUAGAGACUGAGGGGAGUGGAAAUAUGGCCAAAACAUGCAGUUUGGACAGAAGACAGCCAGCUCCCAUUGUGAAAAAAUGGAGGCAUAGUACAUAUAUUUUGGAGUCUAACAACAAGGAACCUUCAAAAGCUGGCACCACAGAUUCAGAAUUGCCGGACCCUUGCUCCCCCAAACGUUCUCAUUCGCCCUGUGAAAAAUCUGGACCCCUAAAUGUAACCAAGAUCACUGAGCAUGGCAAGAAAGUCCGUAAAAACUGGACUUCAUCUUACACAGUUUUACAAGGUUCCCAAUUGAGUUUUGCCAAAAGUCAGGCUACGUCUUCCAGUUGGUUUGGGAGCCACUUAUCAAAGCCUGAAUUCAGUGUAGAUCUAAGGGGAGCAACAGUAGAGAAGGCAUCUAAAGAUAAAUCCAGCAGGAAACAUGUUUUAGAGGUGAAGACUCGUCGUGGUACAGAGCUCCUUAUUCAAUCAGACAGUGAAAGCAUCAUUAAUGAGUGGUUUAAAGCCCUAGCUGAAACCAUAAAUAUGAAUGCUUGGGAGUCUGAUGAGGCUAUUGAAGAGGACAUGCCAGAAUCUCCAGGACUAGAGAAACCUGAGAAGGAGAACCAAGACCAACAGAAGAAAACCAAAACAAGACUGAAGAAAUUUCUUACACGUAGACCCUCUCUGCAGGCUGUUAAAGACAAAGGUUACAUCAAAGAUCUGGUGUUUGGCUGUGAUCUGAUCAGUCUUUGUCAGAGAGAGAAAACUACUGUCCCUCACUUUGUCAAGAUCUGUAUUGAAUACAUAGAGAAUCAAGGUUUGAGUUUGGAUGGUCUUUACAGAGUGAGUGGGAAUCUGGCAGUCAUACAGAAGCUAAGAUUUGCUGUUAAUCAUGAUGAAAAUAUAAAUUUGGCAGAAAGUAAAUGGGAGGACAUUCAUGUGGCUACUGGAGCACUUAAGAUGUUUUUCCGAGAGCUUCCAGAACCACUCUUUAACUAUGCCUACUUCAGUAACUUUUUCAGUGCCAUCAAAAUCACAGAGUAUAAACAAAAAGUGCAGGCCAUCAAAGAUCUAGUCAAGCAGCUGCCUCAACCCCACCACGAUACAAUGCAGGAACUUUUUAAACACCUGAGAAAAGUAAUAGAGCAUGGUGAGGAAAAUAGGAUGACCACACAGAGUGUUGCAAUCGUGUUUGGCCCAACCCUGUUACGUCCUGAGAUUGAGAACAUACACAUGGCGGUGAAUAUGGUUUACCAAAACCAAAUUGUUGAGCUUAUUCUACAUGAGUAUGAGGCCAUAUUCAGUGUCUAAGAUGUGAUGCAUCCAAGUUAAGAGAAUGUAAGGGUAUCUUCUGAAAGGAUACCCAUUUAUUGAACAAAUUAAAAUGUAUUAAUAUGCAUAAACGUGUAUGACCCAUUUGUAAAGUAAGCCCAACCAUUUCUUUAAUAUUUUUUUUCCUCUUCAAGUUCUAGGGUAUUUCUUUAUGCAUAGUAGCUCUAUUUAACUACAGCGCAUCUAAAAAAAAUGUGGAAAAGGGUUUUUUUUGUUUGUUUGUUUGUUUUUUGUAAUUUAACUCAAAAAGUGAAACUCAUAUUUCCAGACGGUUUGUUUCAAUUUUGAUGAUUCAGCCUACAGUUGGUGCUGUGCAUCUCUCUGUCUAGAUCAGUACACGCAACCACAAUCAUGGUGAUGUCUGACAGUUGUCCAGAAGACGGUCAUUGACACCCUCCACAAGGUUGCCUGGAAGGUAAAAAUGUGGUAGAAAAAAGGGCACAAACAACAGGGAUAACAACAGCCCUAUGAAAGCAAAGCCAAUUCAAGAAAUUUAGAGAGCUUCACGAUGGAGACUUUGGAGAGCAUGAGUGGAGUGACUCUGGAGACAGUGCAUCACAAUCUAUAAUUCAUUUAUGCAGGGGAGCACCAAUCAAAUAUUGAGUGCAUUAAUUAACUUUUUUUUUUAUAAGUUGGGCAUUUCUGUAUUGUGAAUCUGCUUGUGAUAAAUCCAGAAUAUAAAUGUUCACUUUUUAAAUAAAAUA